GUCGUCACUCGUUGCGUUUAACUCGAUCGAUCCGAGAUCAAACGUCCGUGCCAGCGUUCAAAUCUCUUCAUCAUUUUAGCCGAAGGAAGCAAUGUUUCCCUGGAUAUUUUUUGGCUUGGUUUCGCUGGUCUCCUGCCAGCUGGAUUUACCACCUCUAAACGACAACGGGCAGAAUAAUCUCGGUAGACAAUACCCACCAACGGAUACGCAGUUGCAGGACAUCCUAGCCAGAUUGGACUUCCUCGGCACCGAAAGAUGUAGCGCUAACGUACAAGCGCAAUGGGCCUACGAAACGGACGUGAACGAGUACACACAGCUGCAGGCGCUGGAAGCGCAGAGGAUAUACGCAGAUUUUCACAACCAAGCGUGGUACCUAAUUUCAAGGAUCGAUACGAACAAUAUUAGGGAUCCUGUGAUUAGGCGACGGCUCAGGUUUCUGUCCGUCGUUGGUCCCUCCGCUCUUCCUCCGGAUCAGUUAGACAGGUAUAAUCGUGUGAUCAACGACAUGCUGGCGGUGUUCAACGAGGCUAGCAUUUGCGCGUACAACGAUCCCUUCCGGUGCGGGCUGCGGCUCUAUCCAGACAUAUCGCAGAUCAUGGCGAGAAGUCGAAACUGGGAUGAACUGCAGUACGUUUGGACAGAGUGGAGGCGGAGGAGCGGUAUGAGGAUCAAGGACCUCUACCAACAGCUCGUUUCGUUGAACAACGAGGCUGCUAGACUGAACAACUUCACUGACGCAGCUGAGUAUUGGAUGUUCCCAUACGAGUCACCGAACUUGCAGCAGGACAUCGAUGAAGUUUGGGAGAUGAUACGUCCACUUUAUGAGGAAUUGCAUGCUUACGUUAGAAGGAAAAUGAGGGAUCUGUAUGGACCUGAAAAAAUCGGUGUCCACGCUCCACUCCCUGCUCAUAUUCUCGGGAACAUUUGGGCACAAUCCUGGACCAAUAUAAUCGACGUAACGAUACCAUACCCGGGAAAGAAUUACCUAGACGUGACGCAGGAAAUGCAAGCGCAGGGUUACACACCCAUCGAGAUGUUCAGAAUCGCAGAGGAAUUUUACCUGUCCUUAAACUUGAGCGCGAUGCCGCCAGAAUUUUGGGCAGGAAGCAUAAUAGCGGAUCCAGGCGAUCGACAGUUGAUCUGUCAAGCUUCCGCUUGGGACUUUUGCAAUCGUUUAGACUACAGAAUUAAAAUGUGCACCAAAGUCACGAUGAAGGACUUGAUCACGGUGCAUCAUGAGAUGGCUCACAUCCAAUACUUCUUACGAUACAGCGGCCUGCCGCGAGAAUUCAGGGACGGUGCCAAUCCAGGGUUUCACGAAGCAGUGGGUGAGGCCGUGGCACUGAGCGUCGGCACCCCUCGGCAUCUGCAAAUUCUCGGUUUGGGCAGCAAGUACAUCGACGAGUCCACUGCAGACAUCAAUUACCUGUUCUCCCUGGCGAUGGACAAAUUAGUGAUGCUGCCGUUCAGCAUCGUGAUGGACAGAUGGCGAUGGGACGUUUCCCGUGGUUACGUGAACCGAGAAGAUUACAAUUGCCACUGGCAUCGAUUGAUGGAACAGUACACUGGCACCAAGCCGCCGGUUUUGAGAUCCGAGGAUGAUUUCGAUCCUGGAGCGAAGUACCAUAUACCUGCCAACAUCCCCUACAUUCGAAAUUUCGUGGCCGGCGUGCUUCAGUUUCAACUGUAUCGCGCGUUAUGCGAAGCAGCUGGACAGAGGAGCCUCGACGAUCCCAGGAGGCCGUUGCAUAGAUGCGACUUCUACAGGAGUCCUCGAGCUGGCGCAAUUCUAGGAAAAAUAAUGGAGAGGGGAUCGUCGCUACCGUGGCAAGAGACUCUUCGAGAAGCCAUCGGCGAGGACAGAUUGGACGCAUCCGCUCUGCGCGAGUACUUCAGGCCUCUCGAAGACUGGCUGAGAACGGAGAACCUGAGGACCGGUGACGUCGUCGGUUGGUCUUACGAUGGAGAUUACUGCAAGCGGAGCAUCGAGACUGCCGGCCUGCAAGUCUACGGAAGCGGAUUCUACAACGACGCCUCGUCGACGUGUGCGACGCUACUUUUGCCAGGAAUCAUGGCGAUCUUGACGAUCUCCAUUUUUCGUUAAUAAAUGCAGUUUGGAAGUGUUUCCCUUCUCCCAAGGGUUCGAGCGAUCGUUCCUCGAUCAAAAUCAGAGCUGCCAGAAACCAAAUAAACGACCAAACGUUUAGUUUAAUCCAGUCCGUAACAAGACAUGAGAGAACGAGAUACAGAAUUUCACGAUUUCUUCUAAAAUGAAGAGCAUUUUAUUGAGAAUUGCGAUUAAGCCUGAUAUCAUCUUUCAAAUGGAUGAGAUCGAACGAGACCAUUCUUGUUACUGACUCAAUUUCAGGUACAGACGAACGGUGCUUGGAGUUACUAUUGUUAAGUUAAGUAAUUACUAAUUAAACGCAGUGCAGUUAAUCUCGCGUAGUAAGCUCUAUCGGUGCCCUCGCACGUUGAAAAACGGGUCGACCCGGGUUUAAUAAAGACAGAGAGAUUUACGUUUCUCCUCUGUUAAACGGUGCCAGCGGUAUUAUUCUUUGAAACUCGCACCAGUGUAUAUACGUAGUUUGAAAUAUAGCCACAGACCCAGUUAAUUAUUUUCGAACACGUGACAAGUCGUCUCGUGUUAUCACGUCGGAAGACCGUCCUAUAAUUUGUUUACUAGUUGAGAAAAUCUUUGAUACAUUUGGUUGUACGAAUAAUUACAUAAAAAAUUUCGAG